UUACUUAGUUGACAAAGUAGUCUCUUCAAAUGCGGUCGGUUGUCGAGGAAAGAAACAGAAACAAGUCGUUUUAUAAUCAAAAAUACUAUGCACGUAAAUAAGAUUUAACUAAAAAAUAAAAACAAAUUCUUAUCAAAACAUCCAGCAGGUAGAGGAGGUACACAAAAGUCGGUUAACUGAAAGUGAAUUUUUAAACAUUUAUUAAUACAUAUUGUUUACUUGUUUAAAGCAAUUUGCUAAAAAAAAAUAUAAAAAUUAUAUGCCGAAAACAAAAUGUCUUUUCUACAACGUGGCCUAAAAAUAAAAACAGCUGACAUCUGCAACAAAUAUCCCUCUUUAUUGUUAACAACAAGUGGCAGUUACUUUUUUUCCACUAAAUCACCUUUGAAAGUACAACCAGUUAACAACAAAACAUCAACAGAUAUCGCAAAAAGCUGUCAUGAGCAUGACCAAGCAAAGACCAUCGUACCCCCUCCGAUAACCCCUAACCUUUUGAAGAAUACAACAUUAACAGACAGAUUUGGUCGUUAUCAUACAUAUUUGAGAAUUUCAUUAACUGAACGUUGCAAUUUACGCUGUAAAUACUGUAUGCCAGCCGAUGGUGUUCCCUUACAGCCUAAAUCCAAUCUAUUGUCUACUGAAGAAAUUUAUUAUUUAGCACGUUUGUUUGUGGAGCAGGGUGUUCGAAAAAUACGUUUAACCGGAGGAGAACCCACAGUACGAAGAGAUAUUAUUGAUAUAAUUGCAAAACUUAAGGAGAUACCAAAUUUGGAAAAUGUAGGAAUUACCACAAAUGCUUUAGUGUUGACGCGACUAUUGGUCCCCAUGCAAAGAGCCGGACUGGACGCUAUCAACAUUAGUUUGGAUACAUUGAAACCGAAACGUUUUGAAGAGAUAACAAGACGUCGGGGUUGGGAACGUGUUAUAGCUGGUAUUGAUUUGGCCAUACAAUUGGGUUAUAAACCAAAAAUAAAUUGUGUUCUUAUGCGCAAUUUCAAUGAAGAUGAAAUCUGUGAUUUUGUGGAAUUUACACGUGAUCGUAAUGUGGACAUACGUUUCAUUGAAUAUAUGCCAUUUAUGGGUAAUAAAUGGCAGACCGAUAAAUUACUAACUUAUAAAGAUGCAUUAAAAAUUAUACGUGAAAAAUGGCCAGAAUUUGAGGCCUUGGAAAAUGGUCCAAAUGACACUUCAAAGGCUUAUAAAGUGCCCGGCUAUCAGGGUCAAAUAGGAUUUAUUACCUCAAUGACGGAACAUUUUUGUGGUUCAUGUAACCGUUUGCGCCUAACGGCGGACGGCAACUUAAAAGUAUGUCUAUUUGGAAAUAAAGAAAUUUCUCUUAGAGAUGCUAUUAGAAGCGGAUGUUCAGAAGAUGAUGUGAUUGCAUUGAUAUCGGCAGCUGUUCAAAGGAAAAAGAAACAACAUGCAGAUAUUCCCAUUAAAUCUCAUUGCCAUCAUUUAAAAGUGGGUAACAUUGUAACACCAUCAUCAUCGAACGUAUUAUCAUCAUCAUUAACCAGUACCACAAAUACAAUAUUAUUGGCAAAGUCAUUUAACAUCAACAAAAGAGUAGUUGUCUCUCCAACAUGCAACUACUGUACUGACACUAAAAAUCUAACCCAUGUGGAUGCUACCACAGGAAAAGCGUCUAUGGUUGAUGUAUCGGAAAAACCAUUAACUACAAGAAAUGCUCAAGCAAUGGCUAAGAUAUAUGUAGGUCCCAUUGUUGCCCAACUCAUACACUCGAACAAUUUAAAGAAAGGAGAUGUUUUAAGUGUGGCCCAAUUAGCUGGAAUUUUAGGGGCUAAAAAGACCUCAGACCUAAUACCUUUAUGUCAUAAUAUCACCAUAUCCUCAGUUAAAGUGAAUGCUAUGCUGGAUUUAACAAAUAGUAUGGUUGUGUUGGAUGCGACGGUGCGCUGUUGCGGUCAAACAGGUGUUGAAAUGGAAGCUUUAACUGCUGUUUCGGUGGCCGCUCUGACCGUUUACGAUAUGUGUAAAGCGGUUACACACGAUAUGAUUAUUAAAGAAAUAAAACUUAUGUCUAAGUCUGGUGGUCAAAGAGGUGAUUUUAAGAGGAGUUAAGAUUUAAAAUAAAAUUUAUAAAAAAAUUAAUACAA